AUGACUCUAACGCUUCGCUCUUCAACUUCAUUUAUCAAUCUACCUGAAAACAAAGGCUUUAGAACUCCUAGCGACUUCUCUAGCAUAGUUGGUUUUGCCCAUAUCAAGCCGUCAUGCCAGCUGCGAGCAAGGAAUUCAAUACAAGAGGCACAGCUCUUGCAACCUGAGAGAACCUCCUCUCUUUUGGAAGGGGGAUACUAUGAGCAGAGAGAAACACUUCAUCAGAUUACACCCCCUCACAGCCAUAAUAAAUUGAAGGUACCUGUUUUUGUGAUGCUGCCUCUUGAUACCAUAUCCAUGGGGGGCAACAUGAACAAACCAAAAGCAAUGUUUGCUAGUUUGAUGGCUUUAAAGAGUGCUGGAGUUGAAGGGGUUAUGGUUGAUGCAUGGUGGGGAUUGGUUGAGAAAGACGGACCACUGAAAUACAAUUGGGAAGGUUAUGAUGAACUCAUAAGGAUGGUUGAAAAGCUCGGGUUGAAGCUUCAGGUUGUCAUGUCUUUUCAUCAAUGUGGAGGAAAUGUUGGAGACUCUUGCAGUAUCCCCCUACCACCAUGGGUGCUUGAAGAGAUCAGCAAAAAUCCUGACCUUGUCUAUACUGAUAAGUCAGGUCGGCGCAACCCUGAGUACAUAUCGUUGGGCUGUGACUCACUGCCUGUUCUUCGAGGAAGAACACCAAUUCAGGUCUAUUCUGACUACAUGAGGAGUUUCAGAGAGAGGUUCAUCAACUACCUGGGAAAGGUUAUUGUGGAGAUUCAAGUCGGAAUGGGGCCUUGUGGAGAGUUAAGAUAUCCCUCAUAUCCUGAGAGCAAUGGAACCUGGAGAUUUCCUGGAAUUGGAGAAUUUCAGUGCUACGACAAGUACAUGAAGGCUUCAUUGGCAGCAACUGCAGAGGCAAUUGGGAAGGAAGACUGGGGACAAGGGGGGCCCCAUGAUGCCGGCCAAUACAAUCAAUUCCCAGAAGACACUGGAUUUUUUCGGAGGGAGGGUAGAUGGGAUAGCGAGUACGGAAAAUUCUUCUUAGAGUGGUAUUCUGGGAAGCUACUCGAACAUGGAGAAAAGAUUCUCACAACAGCAAAAGGUAUAUUUCAAGGAACUGGAGCCAAACUGUCUGGGAAAGUAGCUGGGAUUCAUUGGCAUUACAAAACAAGAUCACAUGCAGCAGAACUAACAGCAGGGUACUACAACACAAAGUAUCAAGAUGGUUACCUGCCAAUAGCAAGAAUGCUAGGAAAACUUGGUGUGGUAUUCAACUUUACAUGCAUGGAGAUGAGAGAUGGAGAACAGCCAGGCAAAGCCAAUUGCUCACCAGAAGGUCUAGUUAGGCAAGUAAAGAUGGCAACUAAAAGUGCUAGAACAGAACUAGCUGGAGAAAAUGCACUACAGCGGUAUGAUGGAGGAGCAUUUUCCCAAAUUUUGACAACAAGCAGGUUAGAUCUAGCAGAAGGUCUCAGUGCAUUUACUUACUUAAGAAUGAAUAAGCAGCUGUUUGAAGCAGAUAAUUGGAGAAAUUUGGUUGAGUUUAUAAGAAACAUGUCAGAAGAUGGCCAAAACAAGAGACUUCAUGAAAGUGACAGGAUUGGAACAGACCUUUAUGUUGGAUUUAUCAAACAAAAUAAUUUGCAGAAGACAAGGGAAGCUGCCCUUGUAUGAUGAUAUGGAAGCAUAUCUUUGUGACAUUGUACUCCAAGAAUGUAAAAUAUAAAGCACAUUGGAAAGUCAAGGGCGUACAUAUACACAUACAUACAUGGCAAUGUACUGAUUAACCUUGUCUUGCCCAAGUCCAAGACUCCAAAGAACAGAGUAUUGCUGUUUUAAAAGUUAGGUGGACAUGAAGAGAUUCGGAACAAUGGCAAGGAAGCUAGAAGCUGAGGCAACAAAUCUGGCGUAUGCACAGAGUGAAAACAGAAGCACAGCAAGUAUUAAUUAACUAUCUUGGUCCAGUAAACAAUAUAUAUUCGUUUCCUGUACAAAACUUUAAAAUCUUUUUGAUUCCCUUGAAAACAAAAAGGGACAUACUUCAGUUUCCUGCAAUGUUUUGGUCCAUAAAAGUUUACUAACUUAGUAUGAACUCUGCUCUGCUUUUCAGGUUA